CUCCUAUUAAAAAACUCAGAGCGUGACUGUUGCCUGCUGCCCCUCUCUAAACAAUCAAUCAAACUAAAGCAACCUCUCUCUCUCUCUCUCUCUCUAUCUGGGCAAUGCAAAGACAAUCUCUAGGCUCACCAGUAACCAAGCUCCACACCAAUGGAGGAGCCGACACUCUAUCGUCGAGCGAUAAUAAACUACUAUUCAAAGACCUACCUUCUAGUUCACUCACACCAGACGCCGACGACUUGGAUCAUAAAUCAAUAAAACCACGCCGAUUCUCAUCCUCUUCAACCUCUUCAUUAUCAUCAAUACUUUCAUCCCCGGCUCCAGCCCCGGAGAAACUCAUCCACCUUAUUCCUUUCCUCACCCUCUUUUGUUUCCUUGUCCUCUUCCUCGUCUCCCAUAAUCCUUCUCAAUCAGAUUUGGCGCAGUUUAAUGGAUUCAAGCGAGUCUCCAACCAUAUAGAAGAAGCGAUUGAGAGUGUCGGUGACGUCAGUGGACUCAGCGCGGUCAGACGAGGCGAUGUCCUGGCGGUUCGAAGUUUCAGGAACUUGCAAGAGAUUGCUGCCGACAAGCGCGCGCCCCUUAAAGUUCGCUCCCACCGAAAAUUCGCCCAUUUUUAAGCCGCAUUUCCUGCCUCUUUCUUUCUCACCAUCUCUGCUGUCCGCCUCUUCCAGGCUCCAGGCCCUCUCUGUCUCCCAGCGUGGCAUGCGCGUGCGACGUCUUCUUGCACGUGCGUUGUAUAUCUUUUUUUCUUUUUGAAUAUUUUCGCACGUGUGCAUUUAAUUCCAUCUCCCUGUAUUUUUUUUUAAAAUGAUAUUUUAUCUACAUCCGGCGAGAGAGACUCUA